AGGUAUUUAAAGCAAGAGCUGAGCUGGGUUGGCAUUGCAGUCCCAGACCUUCUGCAUCAUGAAGUCUGUGGGUUUUGUCCUCCUCCUGGGACUCCUCUCUUUCUGCGCUGAGAUGAUCCUCAUUGCUGGUCAGCCAGACUUCUGCAAACUUCCUGCAAAACCCGGUCCGUGCAAGACUUACCUUCCCCGUUAUUUCUACAAUGCGGCUUCCAAGAAGUGUGAGAAGUUCAUUUACGGAGGCUGCAGGGGCAACAAGAACAAUUUCAAGACUCUGGAGCAGUGUCGCCGCACCUGCGCAGAGAAGCCUGGCAUCUGCCCCAAAGCACCUCCGCAUACCAUCACCAUCUGCCUAGCUUCGUGUCGGAGUGACUGGGACUGUACUGGGAAAGAGAAGUGCUGCUCUUACGGAUGCAUGGUAAAAUGCAUGAAACCUCGCUAAG